GUAUAUUUUAGUUACUUUCAUUCAUUUUUCUAUACAUUAUUCGUACCAUAAAAUCAACCUUCGUAUAACGUGAAUCCAUUCGGCUAUGUAUUACGUAAUUUGUUGUCCCAGUCUUCAUACAAUUAUUGACAUAUACCACGAAACAUGCAAAACACGCGUACGAAAGUUUCUCCAGCGCGGAACGUAGAGUUGCUGUCUACACCGAAAAGUUGUUCUGUUUGUAGGUGUGUGCGUACCUACAUACUGCCGCAGGUUAUGCGAAGACGCUCAUUUAAGUAUGUCGUCGUAUCGCGGCAAUGGCGCGGGCGGCGCGUGGGACGGGGGCCCGCCCGGCGCAGAGUCGGAGUACCCGCAGGCCCCGCACUACGCCGCGCCGCCGCCCCGCGCCAUGCCCAGCACUGACCCCUGGACCGGGGUCAGCUACAGCCAGUACGGGCCCCCGGCCAAUUACGGCUACCAGUCGUACGGCAGCGGCUAUGGUUACGGUUACGACUCUAAUUAUUAUCAGAGGCCUGAAUCAAACUACUAUCCUAAUUCCCGUGCUGCAUACCCUUCCACACAGCAGGCCGGUUAUGAGUAUCCACAACCGCCAGGUGAUAGAUCACAUUCCCCUGUUGAGUCCCGAAAUUAUAAUCAACGGCGGACUUAUAGAUCCCAAUCACGAGGUGGUUCUCCAUAUGAAAGAAGAGAUAGAUCUUAUUCAAGAAAUAGAGAAAGCAGUUAUGAGAAAUCUAAAAGACGCAAGUCUAGAAGCAGGUCCAAAGAGUCAAAAUAUUCUUCGAGUGACCAUUCAACCUCUCGGUCUAGAUCUUAUUCGCGGUCUUCUUCAAGGAAAGAUAAAAAGAAGAAGAGAUCACCAUCGUCGGAUUCGUCUGCCUCUGACAAAUCUUACAAGAAUAAAAAUAGGAGAAACCAUCCCCGUGAUAGUUCACUUACACCGCCUUUAAAAAAUAGAAGAACUUCCAAAUCUCGAAGUCGCUCUAGAUCUCACAGAACUCCUAGUGUAGGUAAAUCAAGUAGCAAGUCACCGAGACUACAUAAUUAUAAAGAGACACAAAAAUAUUCAACAAAAUACCAUUCCAGUAAAGACUUAAAGAUUAAUGAAAGAAAACAUAGGGAUAUUAGUACUCCACCUAGAAAGCGAAGAGAUGCAUUGACUCCUCCGAGGGCCCACAAAACAUCAGAUAGAUCAUCUUUAACACCGCCAAAAAGUUAUAAGAAAUCUGAAAGUUAUGUUUCUCCAAAAAGAUAUAAACAUAAGGAGCGAGACUUCAGCCCUUCUACUAAGAAAGGAAAACAAGGUUCUUUGACUCCCCCAAAAAGUUAUGCUCGAAGCAGCUCAACUUCCAGCUCUAAAUCUCGAUCUAGAUCUUCAUCACCGCGACAAUCAAAACGUAAACAUCGUAGCAGCUCCCCCUCUAGUUCUAGUCAGUCAUCAGCUAAAUCUGGUCGAUCCAGGUCCAGAUCAAAACGGCGAACUACAAAAGCCAUUUCAAAACGUACAUCUCGGUCCAAAAGUCGGUCAAAACGUCGCUCAAGUAAAAGCAGAUCAAAGUCACGUAGAAGAUCGAAAUCAAGAGGUAAAACUAAGACAAAGAAUCCCAAAAAGUCUGUAUCACCUAGUUCUCGUUCACGUAGUGGCAGCCACAGUGAGUCAGGAAGUGAUGACGAGAGACGUGGACAAUUUACUGUGGCAGAUAGAAAGCGUUUCUGGAAACUGCAUCGAACUAGACAAGAAGAAAGAGAAAAGGAAAAAAGUCCUGUAAAAGAAGUAAAACCUCCGCCAGGAGCACUCGAAUCCACUCGAAUAGAUGAUGUACAAUAUGGUGAUCCACCUGAGGUAGAGGGACCAAACUUUGCUGAACUACUGCCCCCACCUGACCAACUCAUGCAGGCUGCAUCCUCAUCCAAAUCUAAGCCUAUUCCAAUACCGAUUAAGAAUGAUGGCAGUUUCUUGGAGAUGUUCAAGAAGAUGCAGGGGGAAACAAAAAAAGAGGAUGAGGAUAAGAAACCUAUAAUGAAAAAACCUGUUUUACCAUUCAUUGGUAAAAGACGUGGUGGAAGAGUGCUUAAGACUGGUAUGGUAAAGAAGGCCAAGGCAAUAGAUGAACAGACGGUAGACAGCACGCCUAAAGAUGCAUGGUCUCUGUACAUGCAAGAAGUUAAAAAGUACAGGGAGACCUCUUGUGAGGAAGAAAGAAAGACCAGACCCUUGGUCAAAUAGUAUUAAGACUAUAGUGUUAAUUUUUUAUUAUGACCUCUUUAAUGUAUAAUUUCACAUUGACAAUAUUAUUUUUUACUCUAUAACGUGUUUGUAAUCAAAAAUUAGACCCCGGAACAGUUGAUUUUAUAUUGUGGAACAGGUAUUCCUAAUAACAAUAAAGAAUUAUGAAAAUGUAUGU